GAUGCGGCAGGGCAAAUAUGCAUACCAAGGGCGACACGUUCCCGCGGUCCUGCGGUCAGCGUUCAGCCUCAUUUGCCGAUUCAGAUCCUCGAGCUGAACACAAAUCAACUCAUUCACAUCUCUCCUUCUAUAAUCUUUUCAGCCCUUCCGCUGGGCAUAUAUCCUUCUUGAUAAUUGCUACUGAUUUGACUUCUUGAGUCGGCAAAAGGAAAUGGCUCGACAACAGAAUUAUACUCCGGUACCAGGCAUGGGAUCUGUUGGGAACAGUUUCAUCGGAUAUGACCUUAAUGACUCUCGUUAUCCAACACCUCAACGUCUCUCCAUGCCCAACUCCCCCCCUCGCGCAUCGUCUCUUAACUCGGGGAGUCUUUCUACCCCAAGCUAUGCCGAUCCUUCCGCGGCCGCGGACGCAAGUGGCACAACUAUGCCGCUCAUGACACAAGUUCCUCAGCCAGCUGCUACUUUCCAGAGAGAAUACACUAACCCUUCUGCCCAUUUGCCCAUCCCUUCCGAAAACUACUACCCCAUCUCCAAUGAACCCACAACCUCUUUUGAGGACGUUGCCGCUCAGCAGAAGGCAAGGUCCAGAAAGAGAUGGUUCAUCAUUGGUGGUAUCAUCUUGGCUGUAGCUGCAGUCGUCGGUAUCGUUGUUGGAGUGGUCGUUAGCCAAGUCAACAAGAAUGACGACGACAAUAGUAGCAAUAGCAGCUCGAACGGCACUUCAUCCAGCGGCAAUGGUACAUUAACUGUCGGAAGCGACCCUAGUACAUUUGAGAAGGAUAGUCGACUUCACCAAGUAUUUUGGGGUUUUGCUUACACUCCCAAUGACGUUCAAUUGCCCGACUGCGGUGCGACGCAAAAUAACGUCACCAAAGAUAUUCAGCUUUUGUCACAACUUACCACUAGGCUGCGCUUGUACGGGGCCAAUUGUAAUCAAACUGCUUUAGUAAUGCAAGCUAUCCAAGACACAAAGGUUAACAUGACCAUUUGGCCUGCCAUUUAUAUCGAUUCUAAUGAGACAGCCUACGAGAACCAAUUGGAAGCUGUUGUCGACGCUCUCCAAACCUAUGGAGUCGACAUGGUAGAAGGAAUUACCGUCGGUAAUGAAUAUAUCCUCAACACCGCCGGUAGUGAUUCCACCACCUCUUCGGCAUAUAAAUCGGCCCUUGCAACUAUUGCCGAUAAGAUUACCGAAGUCAACAGCACUAUUCAGGCUUUAGGAUUGAGUAAACAGCUACCCAUCGGUACUUCUGAUGCGGGGGCGGUCAUGAGCAAAUCGCUAGGUGAAAGCGUUGACUUUUUCAUGGCCAACGUUCAUCCAUGGUUUGGUUCUCUUGCUAUCGAUGAUGCUGCCACAUGGACGUAUGAGUUUUUCCAAGAAUUCGAUGUCGAAGUCGCUGCAGAAGCCUCUAACAACCCCACGAUGUAUAUCGCCGAGACUGGCUGGCCUACAAACAGCUCGAGCUCGUCCGAGUCUAACGAUGGUGCGGGCAGCCCUCAAGGUGAUGCUAGCGUAGCAAAUCUUCAAACUUUCCUUGAUACUUUCGUUUGUCAGGCGAAUGCCAAUGGUACCCAAUACUUCUAUUUUGAGGCAUUUGACGAACCUUGGAAAGAGAUCUAUGGUGGUGUUGAACCUUGGUGGGGACUGUUCGACUUUGACAGAGAAUUGAAGAACAUUACAAUUCCAACUUGUAAUUGAUUGUACGGAAAAGGGUGACAAAAGGCUGGGUGGCCGGGAAACGAAGGAAGCAAUUGAGAACUGUUUUCAUACUUCAUUGGCUUUUGAAUUUAACGGACAAUUUGGAUGUAUCGUAGGGAUUGAUCAUGUAUACUUGGCUUGCAAUAUUUAUUAAACUUUUGAAACC